UCUGUAUCAGCAACCCAUCGAAUCAAGCAGAAAGCAAGAUGCGUCUAACACUUCUGGCCCUCAUCGGCGUCCUGUGCCUGGCCUGUGCCUACGCCUUGGAUGACUCCGAGAACAACGAGCAGGUGGUCGGACUCCUGGACGUCGCCGACCAGGGAGCGAACCAUGCCAACGACGGAGCCCGAGAGGCGCGCCAGUGGGGCUACGGCGGCCGAGGAGGCGGAGGAUGGGGUGGCCGUGGAGGAUGGGGCGGUGGCGGAUGGGGCGGCCGUGGUGGCGGAUGGGGAGGUCGUGGUGGCGGAUGGGGAGGCCAAGGAGGAUGGGGCGGUCGAGGAGGUGGCUGGUAUGGCCGAUAGAACCACUGACAUCGCUGACCACGCCUCCGACCCAUCCCUCCACUUGCCAAGUCUGAAGGACCUCCUUCACUGAUGUCAUGGCGUGAAUAAAGAACUUUGGAGCAUUUAAA